GAACGUAACCGGAAAUCCAAGAUGGCGCCUUUGUUGUGAUUGCUCCCACCAGGCGAAGGAGUCUUGACGUGCCAGGCGCCGGGAUCACUGCCCCAGGAGACUCAAAAUAACCCCAAUAUUAUCCACGAGCCUCCAUUUAGAACCACAGGGGAGCAGGAGGACCGGGGGGAGCACCUUAAGGCACACAGGGGCAGGGCAGGAAGGGGACGGACCCAGCCUUGCACGCCCAUAAAAAAAGUAAUAAAGGAGGAUAAUUAAUAAGGAAAAGAGGAUAAUUGAGAAGGAGAAUAACGAGAAAAAGAAGAAAAUUUGGACCCUAGUGGUGGUGGUUACCCGUGGUGGUAGUGGUGGUGGUGGUGGAGUUGAGGCGUGGUGGUGGUAGUGGUGUUUUCUUCCUUUAUUAAUUUUCUUCUUUUUUCUUCUCUUUCUUCCUUGAUUCUUUCUUCUCCAUCUUCUCUUUCCUCUGUUAGCUUUCAUCUUCUUUCUUUCCUUCGUCUUCUAUUCCCUUUUUCUUUUUCUUUUAUUCUUUUUUUCUCCUUUCUUCCUUCUUCUCCCACUUCUCUUUCUUUCCUUCAUUCCCUCUUCUUUUUCCAGUUAGCUUUCAUUUUCUUUCCCUCCUUCAUCUUUUUUCCUUUAUUAACCUUCUUUCCCCUCUUCUCUCUCUUCAUUCCUUCUUCUCCCUCUUCUUCCACCCUUCAAUCUCUUCUUUCCUUCCUCUACACCCUUCAUUCUUUUCCUAUUCCCUUUCUUCCCUCUUUCUUCCACCCUUCAUUCUCUCUUUCCCUUCUGCUAUACCCUUCUUUUCUUUUCCUCUUUAGUCUCCUUCCUUUGUUAACUUCCAUUAUCCUCUUCUUUCCGUCAUCUUCCCUUCCUCCCCCCCUUCCCUUGGCGUGGUGGUGGUGGUGGUGGUGAGCCGUGGUGGUGAUGGUGGAGGCGGUGGUGGGGUGCAGGGGCCGCCCAGCCCUCCACGACACUGCCACCCCCGCUCACCUCUGAGACACUGCACAGCAUGGUGUUAUGAUGGGUGAGCAGGUGGUGGACAUCAAUGUUGCAACCGUGGAGGACCUGGAGACCCUGGUGGGCGUGGGCCGGGCCAAGGCUGAGGCUAUCGUCAACACGCGCACUUCAAUGGUUGAGUUUGGCAGCGUUGAGGACCUCUUGGCCGUGCCUGGCAUCGGGCGGAGUCUGAUUGAGCAAAACCGCGGGUGCCUGGUGUGCCGGCCGCCUCCGCCGCCUGGCCCUGGCGUGACGCCCCUCACUCGCCAUGCCGCCGCCCGCCGCAGUCUCCGCCGCACCUCCCAUGACACCCGGGCCCGCCCCGACCCACCCCAUGAACCUCAGGCAGAGGCAGCACCCACUGGGGGUGGACGGCUGCCCCGUGGAGCCACCAGGGAACAGGCUGGUGAACACUCCUGCCCUGUCAGAGUGCCCGGGGUGGGGCGACGUGCUGACCCCAGACCAAGGGAGGAGUCGCCUCAGGAGGGUGUGGAGGGGGAGGGGCGGAGUUUGGUGCCAGAGGAGGAUGGGAGUGACUGCUGUGAUUGCUGCGGGGGCAGUGGGGCAGCUGGGGGCCAGCAGGAGCCCAGCAACACGGGGCCCCGCGAGGCCAGCCUGGACAGGGACCAGGACGGGGAGGAGGGUCUGGGGGGCUGCGUGGUGCAGCCACCCCGCAGGGAGCUCCACUGUGGCUGCAGCGAGGCCUUGGGGGGUGGGGGUGGCAGUGGGGGGCUGGGGACUGACACUCCCCAUGAGGAUGCCCCCCCUGACCUCCCCCUCCAGGUGCCCCCGCCAGCACCCUCACACACCCUCACUGACGGGGACUCUUCCUCCUCCUCCUCCUCUUCUUCCUCCUCUGACGGGGAAGACCACGGCGAGGGUCAGGAGGAAGACGAGAAUGAUGAUGAGGAUGAGGAGGACGAGGAGGGCCACAUGGAGGAGGACGGGCAGGAAGAGAGUGACUGCUGCAUGACCAUUGACCUCCCCUCGUCCCCCUCAGCUGACAAGAAGCAGGUCAAGCGGAAAUCUGAACCGUGUUCUGAUUCCAAGGGCGCCUGUCCUGUGAAGAAGUCCUGCAAGGCGGUGGAGCACAGCGGGGAGAACAGCCGCCGUAAGGUCUGUGGGCUAGGCGGGCACAAGGUGUCGCCCCCGCCGGCCGGCCUGAAGUCCUGGCUAGCCAAGUAUCAGACCUGGUCGCCCGCACAGAAGCGCUACGCCCUCGACUCCCUCAUCGACGUCUGUGAUCUUAAUGAGGUUCGUCACCUCCACCAAAUCAUCCUGCCCCAGUUCCAGCGGGAUUUCAUUUCCUUAUUACCGAAAGAACUCGCUCUCUACGUGUUAAGCUUCCUGCCGCCCAAGGACCUCCUGAGGGCGGCCCAGACCUGCAAGUACUGGAACAUCCUGGCUGCCGACAACCUGCUGUGGCGGGAGAAGUGUCGGGAGGCGGGCAUUGAGGACCAUAUGGUGGUGAUGGACCGCCGCCGCAAAAAGGGAACCAGUAUGAGUCACGUUUCGCCAUACAAGGCUGCCUUCAUGCGUCAACACAGAAUAGAGAUGAACUGGCGCGUGGCUAACCUCAGGCCGCCUCGGGUCCUCAAGGGCCACGAUGAUCACGUAAUCACCUGCCUCCAGUUCUCCGGCGACACCAUCGUCUCUGGCUCUGACGACAACACCCUCAAGGUCUGGGACGCCACAUCCGGCAAGUGCAUAAGGACACUUACCCACAUCCUCUACGGUCACACCUCCACAGUCAGAUGCCUCCACCUGCACGGCAACAAGGUGGUGAGCGGCUCCAGGGAUGCCACGCUAAGGGUCUGGGAUGUGCACUCGGGGGCCUGCGAACAUGUGCUGGUGGGGCACGUGGCAGCCGUGCGGUGCGUCCAGUACAACGGGCGGCUGGUGGUGAGCGGCGCCUACGACUACAUGGUCAAGGUGUGGAAUGCAGAGCGCGAAGAAUGUCUCCACACGCUGCAGGGCCACACCAACAGGGUAUACUCCUUACAGUUUGAUGGUGUGCAUGUGGUGAGUGGCUCUCUGGACACCAGCAUUCGGGUGUGGGAUGUGGAGACGGGGCAGUGCCGCCACACCCUGAUGGGCCACCAGAGCCUCACGUCCGGCAUGGAGCUCAAGAACAACAUCCUCAUCUCGGGGAAUGCCGACUCCACGGUCAAGGUGUGGGACAUUGUGACGGGUCGGUGUCUGCAGACUCUCUCAGGGCCCAACAAGCAUCGGUCCGCAGUCACCUGCCUUCAAUUCAACAACAUGUUUGUGGUGACGUCUUCGGACGACGGGACAGUCAAGUUGUGGGACGUUCGAACGGGGGAAUUCCUUAGAAACCUGGUGGCCCUGGACUCUGGGGGGUCGGGGGGAGUGGUAUGGCGGAUCAGAGCCUCGGACACUAAACUGGUGUGUGCGGUGGGCAGCCGGAAUGGGACCGAGGAGACCAAGCUGCUGGUGUUGGACUUUGACGUGUGUGAGACCCUCAAGUGAUACACGGGGAGACUAGUGUCGCGCGGCAGUCCCCCGUAUACUCACAAAGUUCAAAGUGAUGUUCUAUUGACUUUGCUGCCAAGUAACCUCGUGGUCAUAGUUUCUCUGGUUGUCAGUUGGACCGUGUUUGUGGUGACUAACAUUUCCCUGGUGCUAAUACUGUACACACAAGGUCAUCAUUGGACACACUACUCACCAUCAUCAUCGUCAUCGUUCACCUCAACCGGGCGGGUUUAGUUAGCGGUUCAUCAUCGUCAUUGUUUCCUUGUGUUGUAAAGUGUCAUCCGAUCUUUGCUUCUUUCCCUCGUUUGCGGGACAUUCUUCGGCAGACUCGCGUUCAGGUCUUAAUGCGAGUUUGCCGUCUUCUGAACGACUCAAUUCUAAUUUUAGUUACUUUUUUUUUCUUUUAAGUUAAGUUGAAGUUGAUUCCUUAUGUGUUCUGAUGGUUUGACGAAAAAAUGUAAAAAAGAAAAAUGGAUAUUGUGUCUUGCAGUUUUGUGCGUUUCAGUUCAGAAGGAGUCAAGUUUGAUGGGACGGAAUGAUUUGCAAACCAAGCCGAUGUCACCAAGAGAGAGAGAGAGAGAGAGAGAGAGAGAGAGAAUGUGUGCAUGUGUGUGAGUGUGUGUGUGUGCCUGUGUUUGCGUGUGUGUGCGUGUUUUCCUGCUGGUUAGUACUUAGCAGGAAGCUUUAACAUGACUCAGUGAAGUGAAAGAAAGAAGUCAUUCGUGGCACAGCUUGGAAACUCAAAUCACUAGCAAUAACAAUCUGAAGAGAGCCAAAGUGUGAGGAGGAUGAAGGGAGAAGCAAGUGUUAGGAGAAGAGCAGGGAUGUAGCAAUAUGAAAAGAAGGAGGAGGAGGAGGAAGAGAGAAGUACCAAGCGGAAGGGGUGAGAAGGAUGAAGAAGAAGAAAGUGUAAGAGAACAAGGAGUAGGAGGAGUAGAAGGAAGAGAGCAGUACCAAUAGAAAAGGAUAAAGAUGAUGAAGAGAAAUGUGUAAGAGAAAGGCAAAAGCACAUACGAGGAGAGGAAGAAAUGAGGAAGAAAGAGAAGGAGGAGGAAGAAGGAAGUGCCAAUUGAAAGGGAUGAGAAUGAGGAUGAAAAGGAAUAUAUACGAGAAAGGCAAAAGCAUGUGCAAGGAGAGGAAGAAAUGAGGAAGAAAGAGAAGGAGGAGGAAGAAGGAAGUGCCAAUAGAAAGGGCUGAGAAUGAGAAUGAAGAGGAAGGCAUUAGCUAAGUUAGAGAUGAAGAAGAGUGUGACAAGAUAGAAGUGAGGAUAAGAGUGAAGAGGAAAGUGUUAAGAGAAAGGGAAGAAUAAGUGUGAGGGAUAACAUAGUAGAAACGAGAGGAAGACACAAGCAAAGGUUUAGGUUCAUCCUCAUACUUCUGAUGAAAGCAAGAAAGCAUGAGGAGAUGAAUGGAAAGAUGGAGAGAUGAGUGUGAACAGGAAUAGAUGAGCAAGUAUGAGGGAAGAAGAAUGAUAGUCAACCCCUUUCCUGACCUCUAGACUGCUUCCUUCAUCCUCAGAGUAGAAAGCAAAGAAGCAUGAGGAAAUGAAUGGAAAGAUGAAGAGAGGAGUGUGAAAAGGAAGGGAAGAGCAAGUAUGAACAUAAAGGAAGGAGAAUAGUGGUCAAUUUCAUUCCUCUCCACCACACUAUUUCCUUCAUCCUCAUACUUGUGUAGAGAGCAAAGAAGUGUGAGGAAAUGGUUAAAGGGAUAAAGAGGAGAGUGUGAAGAGGAAGUAUGAGGAGGAAGGAAGGAAAGUAGUACCUUAUUCCUGGCCACCACAAUAAUUCCUUCAUCCUCAUACUUGUGUAGAGAGAGUAAGAAAGUGUGAGGAAAUGGUUAGAGGGAUAAAGAGAAGGGUGUGAUUAGGAAGUAUGAGGAGGAAGGAAGGAAAGUAGUAGUUAACCUUAUUCCUGGCCACCACAUUAAUUCCUUCAUCCUCAUACUUGUGUAGAGAGCAAAGAAGUGUGAGGAAAUGGUUAGAGGGAUAAAGAGGAGAGUGUGAGUAGGAAGUAUGAGGAGGAAGGAAGGAAAGUAGUAGUUAACCUUAUUCCUGGCCACCACAUUAAUUCCUUCAUCCUCAUACUUGUGUAGAGAGAGUAAGAAAGUGUGAGGAAAUGGAGAGAGGGAUAAAGAGGAGAGUGUGAGUAGGAAGUAUGAGGAGAAAGGAAGGAGAGUAGUAGUUAACCUUAUUCCUGAACACUUCAUUACUUCCUUCAUCCUCAUACUUGUGUAGUGAGAGUAAGAAAGUGUGAGGAAAAGGGUGUGACGUGUGAGCAGGAGGCAAGGGAUGGUUGGGCUGGCGGGCGAGAACGCUCGGUCAACUGCUACCAAGUCUUCAGCAACACGAGCAGGAGGAGGAGCAGCAGUAAGCAGGAGGAGGCAGAAGGAGCAGUCGCCAAGUGAGAGUCUCCCAGCCGGCCCAUGGGGGAGCCUUGGCCAGUCACCCACCGCGAGACUCACCUCAGAUGUCCUCACCUCGAGUACAUAUCACCAAACAAUGUCUUGCUCAGCUUGUCCGGUCGAAUGUACAGUUCACGGAAGCGAUAACGAAAGGUCAGUCUCACUUAAACAAGAUGGAGUUGUAUAUAUAUUUUUAUAUGUACAAUUAUUGUUAUUUUUUUUUCUUUUUCUUUCGUUUACCUUUUGUGGGGGGUUGAGCACUUUUUAUGUCACUCAUGGGCCAUAGCGAUGCCAUUUGUUUGGUUUAUACUGUAGCGUAGCGUGGUUUUGAGAGCUUGUGAGAUACAGAGGCUUUAUGUUACUAUGUUUAGGAGACUCAUGCCUGCUGGAGUGUGUCUCAAGAAGCAAAUUAUUCCAGAAUUUGAUCUGUGAUGCCUUUAUAAUGAUUCAUGAAUGGCAGUGAUGCGUGAGCCCUGUCAUCUUCCUCUCCUGUAGUUUUCGUCCCAUUCUCUCCGUUCUUUUCUGUCUCAGAUUAUUUUUUAUAGGUUCUGUCCCCUAGCAGAGUUUACUGUAUUGUGUUAUAGGGAGGAGUUCAGCCACAGUGGAGCAUACAUAGAGGUCUAGUCUACUGUAUCUGUGUGACAGUCCAUGAAGCUUUUUCUUAUAGGGAGUUUGAUUUUUCUAUUGAUUUUUGGUUUAGAACUCUUAAAAUGAGAAAAGAGACUCCAGCAGUGUGGCUUGCAGGCCGUAUGGAAAUGUUAUGUUGCGGGGGUGUUGCUUUGUCUCAGGAACCCCCCUCCCCUCUGUGGCAUGAGCCCUGGUGGCUGUGGGAGGCUCGGCAGUGCCUGGUGGCAGCUUGACAAAUCUACAUUUUAACAAUAUUUGUACUUUGGGAACCUGUAAUAGGGCUCGGCCAGGCUGUACACGCCAUUUCAAUAAGAAGUUGUGUUAACAAAACUUGCUCUGAAAAGUUGAGCUGCAGGGAAUUAGAAUGAAGUUUGUCAGAAUGAAGAAUGCUUACUAGUUUUAAUCUGUUGUCUGUACCUCAGCUCAACUUUCAAGAGGAGUUUUCCCAGGUACGAGAACUAACUGGAAUGGUGUUUACAGACUGGCGAGCAUCUUUUCCCCAUGUAGGUGUGUGGCAGCUGGCGGCAAGUCACUGAUGCUGUUGCAACAAAUACCAAAUGUAACAGAUCAAGGUCUUAUUUGCAUUUUUAGUUACCUGUGAUGUCCCAUUAUAUACUCAUUCUUUUGGAUAUUAAAGGAAAUGGAAUGUGGAAUGUUUUAUAAAUUUUCACAAAGCUACAGUGAUCAUUUUUAAGUUGCAAUUAUGGAAAAUAUUUUCUUAUUGACUUGUAGAUUACUGGCGCUGGAUUCUAUAAAACUGACGUGAUGAAAGUUUCUGAACUCAUGAAUCUGUAUCAUUGGAAAUGUUUUAUGUAUUUUUUUGUUUUUAAUGCUUGUCUUGGAUUGCAAAGCCCUGACCAAAUAUUUUAGACUUAAUACUGAUUUGUGUGAUCACUAAGGAUGAAGGAUGGAUUUGGAAGGAAGAAACAUAAUUUUUUAACUUUACUUAGUGUUGGUGCCAAUGAGAGGCUCGGGGCCGACCCAAGCUCCCUAAACAUCCUCCCAGGCUUCCCUUUAGCCCCCCCACAUAAGUUUUGAAACACAUCAUUGUUCCCUUCUCUUGGCACACCUAUAGCCUCCUCUGACCAAGGAAUCCCGCUGAGCCUCCCCUAAAAGAAAUCAUGAGCCUCACUAAGGGUUACCAGGCCCACAUUUUUGCUGCCAACCUUUACAGUUUUCAAGAAGGAUUUGUGGCGAAAAAAUAAGGUCACAGAUGGCAUUUUCUAGUUGUUUAUUAGAGACCUGGAAAUUCCAGAGCACAGGAUUCAAUUGACUCAUUUGACAUGGUGAUCUACAAGUGGGGUUAUCAGGACUGGACUUUGACAAUAUGACAGCAUUAUUUUAAUUAGUCUUGCAUGUUGAUCUCAAGAAGGCUUUUGACUCAGUGCAUCAUGAGGCACUCUGGGACAUUCUGCAGAUCCGUGGGAGUCCUGCAAGGAUUAUUGACCUAGUGACAGGCCUUUACUUUGGGACUGAGAGUGUUGUGAAGUGUGGGGGAGGCAUUUCUGGCUUCUUCCCUGUUAAUUCAGGAGUCAGGCAGGGGUGUGUCCUUGCUCCAUCACUUUUCCGUACUUGCAAGGACUGGGUAUGAGGCACAGUUGUUGAUCAAAGUUGUUGUGGAGCAUAUGUUGGCAACAUAAAGGUCACUGAUCUUGUUUUUGCUGAUGAUGCUGUACUUCUCGUGGAAUUGCUGUAGGUCCUGGUGCUGGCUCUCAAAGUGCUGCAUGAGGAGGCGAAGUCUCUGAGACUGAAGAUCUUCUGGCCUAAAACCAGGGUCCAGUAGUUUGGAGACUUGUUGGAUGAUACAGUCCAAUGUGUUCAUGCAUGUGGCAAGGACAUCGAGGUCACCCAAAGUUUUACAUACCUUGGCAGUGUAUUGUAUAACAUUGGUGAGUCUUACCAGGAAGUCACUUGAUGGAUUGGCCUGGCCCACGGUGUCAUGGACUCGCUCAACACAGUAUAUGAUGUCGAUAUCUGUGGAGACGGACAAAAAAAAAAAAUCUUUUAGAUCACAAAUGAUCUUAGAAAUCCCAUAACAUGACAUCUGAGGUAUGGAUGGAUAUUCAUUCUGAAUUUUUUUAUGUUCAUGAGUUUUUGGUUUUAUUUUCAAUCAAAUUUAUGUAAUUAUUUGAUAUCAAUUACUGCAAUUAAAUUUUAGGUUUGUGAUAUAACUUGCUAUUGAAUAAAAAAGAUCUUUUUACUUAUUCCUCAGUUAUUCAUUUUGGAAAUAAUAGUUUCAUUGCCAAUAGUGCAGGUUUGGGUGUUUUUUGACUAUUUUUGAGGUUUGAGGUCACAGGUUUUGGCAGUUAUUGGGGUGAGACUGCAGGAACACAGUUGGUGACCUGGCAGGCCUGGCUCCACUGGUUACUGACCUGUUGUGAAGCUGCCCAGCCAGCCACCUGUGUGUGCCCAUGUGUCUGUACCAGCAGUAAGCUUGUCAUCACUAGUUUAUCCCUUGGCUCUGAAAGGAAGGCAUCAGGGGUGAUAGCCUUGUAGGGGUUGGCCGGCCACCGUUAGGUAGCUCCACCAGGUGUUUCUGGUGCCAGGUGUUGUGUAUGGAGCUGUCCUCUUGGGAACUGCACUUGUUCAGAGGAGAAUGUUUAAAAAUAAAGACUUGAUAAAUAAAGCUGUACACAGGUGUCCUGUGAUAACACGAACUGCAGAUUUACGGGAAAGACUGGCCACACAUAGAGAUGAAAUAGGCCCUUUACAGUAUCCUUUGUUGAUGGACAAUAUCCACCCAACUUUACAAGCAACCAAAGGAAAAGUCAAAAUAGUUUUGUUUUGAAAGUAGCAAGAUGCUCUUUGCUGUAAAUUUACCUUUGAAUCACUGCAUAAAUGCUAUUUAAUGGCCAUUCACUUCACUUAUUAAAAAAGAGUGCUGUAUUGGAUUCAUGAAUGCUUUUCCUAUGAAAGAAUAAAGCAAUAUGUCCUCAUGUGCUUGAAAACACUGGUGGGACAUCCAUAUACACGUGACCAACUGUGUGCACGGAUCCGUGUUUAUAGUGGUCUGCCUUUUCUUUGUAAACAAAGUGGGGACAGCUACGUACACAUCACUGGUGAUGCAAGUUUUGGUCUUACCAUCCAAAGAGUCAGUGGAGGAUGCUCCACCCGAGAAAGGCCACAGGGCAGCACCGGGCACCCCACACAGCCAGCCUCGCGUGGGGUUUUGACAUUUUUCUAUCGCCUGCAAGCCCACCACCCCUAGUCUCUUAGUCGUGAGUAUAUAUAUUGUAUAUAUAUACAUAUAUACUUUACCUGCUGCUGAAUAUUCAUAACCAUUUUGUCACUUACUCAGCCGUCCAUUGUUUAGAAUAUGAUAUGUGUUAUUUUUCCCAUCAUCGCCGAGGAGUGAGGGGUGUGAGGGCUCGCCCGCCGCGCCUCGUCAGGGCUGGGCAUUUGUAAACCCGGAUAACAACUAGUUUAGUAUUUUCUUUUCUUUCAGAAGAGAAAUGAGAUUGCUCAAGUUUUUUUUAUUCCUUUAUUUUGAAAAAAAUAUGCAUGUAUGUGUAUAAAUAUUUGUAUAUUUAUACUCGAAGUGCAUGAGAAGCUACUAGACAAUUCAUCGCCACACACACCGCGACAGACACAGACAGCCGCCACGCCCACCACCACCACCACCUCCACCUCCACCACACAGACAACACUUGACGCAUAAUACCACCAACACGUGGCAGCAAGCACGGCCCACGGCGGCUGCUCCUUGCCCUGCCCGCCACUGCCGCCGCCACGACCACCACACACACGCUGGGCUGAAGCAAUUGUUUAUAUUUACAUCAACAUACUUAACCUUAAUGUUUGACUUGGGAAUAUGUGGUCAUUACUGUGUAAUUAUGUUUCACCACUUAGAUGAAUACAGGAAGAAUGAGUCAUAACUCUUGGUCCUUGUGGUAAUAAAAUUACUUCUUUUAUAUAA